AUGGAACCUUCAUACAGGCUUUACUUCAAGGGUUUGUUUAUCGAGGAAACAACGGUAUUACCGGCAGGAUUUGGGGUUGGAAUUUGCGGUGACAAGGAUGAUCUGGUUUUUGACAUGAAGAGACCAAUUCAUGAGCCCUCCAUUACAGUUUUGGAGGCUGAGCUUAUAGCAUUGAAGUGCGGAUUAAGAGAAGCUGUGAGUAUGCGGAUCAAAGAUAUCUCAAUUUGCUGUGAUGAUGAUCAGAUUUUCGAACUGGUCAUGGGGAGAUCUACGCCGGAGCAAGAAAGCAUUGCCCUGCUAAUGCGUGAUGUACAAGGCAUCAGAAAAUAUUUAAGGUCUAGCAUCCCUGUCAUGUUGACUCGAAAUCACGCCAAUUUUGCUUACGAAUUUGCAAUAGAAGCAAUCAUAGAGAUGCCUGUGCCUGUGCCUGCUCAGAAAGAGAAUUGCAGUAUCUGUAUGGAAGAUGGCAUCAAUGCUGAUCAGAUGUUUCAUGUUGCUAAAUGUGGUCAUAUGUUUUGUUCCGACUGUAUGAGAAGUCAUAUAGAGGCGCGACUAGCUACGAGAUAUAAAAUGAGGUGUCCUGGUUAUCGGUGCAAAUCUCUGCUGACUUUUGGACGUUGUGUCAACAUUUUGACACCUGAACUAAAAGAGAAGUGGGAACAAAUGAUCAAAGAAGACUUGAUUCCUGUAACGAAUAGAGUGUAUUGCCCAAACCCUAGGUGCUCGGCUUUAAUGUCGGUUGCCGACUUCUCUGGACUUAUGGGAGUUAGGAGAUCCUGUGUGAAAUGCGGUGAACCAUUUUGCAUCAACUGCAAAGUUCCUUGGCAUAUUAACUUAUCUUGCCGCCAGUACAAGAGGUUACAUCCAAAUCAUACAGAAAACGAUGGAAAGCUAAGGGAUCUAGCAGAUGAGGAGCGCUGGCGUCAAUGCAGAAUGUGUCAACACAUGAUUGAACGUUCUUCUGGAUGCCACAGCAUGACUUGCAGAUGUGGACAUGAAUUUUGCUAUCAUUGUGGAGCCGAUGCUGGACUUUGCUACCAUGGUCAUAACUUUCCUCGACCCAGGUUGAGGAACCCAACGCGGAUGCGCUUCUGUUUUGGUUUCUGUUAA